GAGCUGGCUCAUUCGGUUGAGUGCAGCACCAUUCGCACAUUGUCCUUCAGGGUGAAAACAACCUACCUCAUGAAUCUACGUCUCAUCUAACUGAGAGGAAAUUGUCUAGUGAGAGAUUAGAUGCGAGCUUGGCUGCAUCGAUUCCUCCCUCCAGCUACCGCCGUUCCCCGCGCGACCGCCAGAAACUUGACGACAAGCAUUGCGAGGAGGAUGGCGCAGACACCGAACGACGAGCCCGCCCCGACCGUGCCCGACGAGGCCGGCAGCGGCCCGGCCUUGACCAAGAGCGCAGCGAAGAAGCAAGCGAAGAUGGCGGAGAAGCAGGCCAAGCUGGCCGCGAAAGCGACCAAGGUCGCCGCCGCGACGCCCGCCGGGGAGAAGAAGGCGAAAGCGGAGAAAGCUAAGAAGGAGGAGGAGCCCGCGUUUGUGAACACGACGCCCAAGGGCGAAAAGAAAGAUACCACCCAGCCGAUGGGCUCCGGCUACAACCCGAUCGCCGUCGAAGCCGCCUGGUACGACUGGUGGGAGGCCCAGGGGUUCUUCACGCCCGUCGUACCCGAUACACCGCCCGCGCCGGAGGAUAUGUUCGUCAUCCCCGCGCCGCCGCCGAACGUGACCGGUUCGCUCCACAUAGGCCACGCGCUCACAACCGCGAUCCAGGAUGCGCUCGUGCGCUGGUACCGCAUGCGCGGCAAGACGACGCUGUUUAUCCCCGGCUUCGACCACGCUGGGAUCAGCACCCAAAGCGUGGUCGAGAAGCGGCUGUUCAAGAGCAGCGGACGGACGAGGCACGAUUUGGGCAGGGAAAAGUUCCUGGAGACGGUAUGGGAGUGGAAGGAAGAUUAUCAGGGCAGGAUAGCGAACCAGCUCCGACGCCUCGGCGGCAGCUAUGACUGGACACGGUCCGCGUUCACCAUGGACGAGCCCCGCUACCGCGCCGUCACCGAGAAUUUCUGCCGGCUCUUCGAGGACGGGAUCAUCUACCGCGCCAACCGCCUCGUCAACUGGUGCGUGCGCCUCAACACCACGCUCUCCAACCUCGAGGUAGACCAAAAGCAGCUCGACGGUCGAACCUUCUUGAGUGUACCCGGUUACGACCCGAAAGAGAAAUUCGAGUUUGGCGCCAUCACCUCCUUCGCCUACCCCAUCGACGGCUCAGACGAGAAGAUUAUCGUCGCGACGACCCGUCCCGAAACCAUGCUCGGCGACACCGCCAUUGCCGUGCACCCCGCGGACCCGCGCUACACGCACCUCCACGGCAAGUUUGCCCGACACCCGUUCCUCGACCGUCGGAUCCCGAUCAUCACGGACGACAUCGUCGUUGAUAUGGCCUUCGGCACGGGCGCCGUCAAGAUCACUCCCGCGCACGACCCGAAUGACUACGAGGUCGGGAUCAGGCAUAACCUCGAGUUCAUCAACAUCAUGAACGACGACGGCACGUUCAACGAGAACGCGGGCCGGUGGGCGGGCGUCAAGCGAUUCCACGCGAGGGUGCAGGUCGUGCAGGCGCUCAAGGACGCCGGACUGUACGUCGAGACGAAGGACAACCCGAUGCAAAUCCCGAUCUGCAAUAAAUCGGGCGACAUCAUCGAGCCGAUCAUGAAGCCGCAGUGGUGGGUGAACUCGAAGCCGCUUGCCGAGGAGACGCUGAAGCGAACGCGCGCGGGCGAGCUCACCGUCCAACCUAAGCAGACCGAGAGCGACUGGUACCGCUGGCUUGAGGGCAUUCAGGACUGGUGUAUCUCCCGCCAGCUCUGGUGGGGACACCGUGUACCUGCAUACCUCGUCAAGGUAAAGGGUGAAAAGACCGACAACGCUGAUAGCAAGUGCUGGGUGGUGGGACGCACGCCCGAGGAGGCGACGGAGCGCGCGAAGAAGCUCGCAGCUGGCAAGCCGUUCACGCUCGAGCAGGACGAGGACGUGCUCGACACCUGGUUCUCCUCCGGCCUUUGGCCCUUCUCCACGCUCGGAUGGCCGGAAAACACAAAGGACUAUCAGACGUUCUACCCGACCUCGAUGCUCGAGACCGGAUGGGAUAUCAUCUUCUUCUGGGUCGCGCGCAUGGUCAUGCUCGGCAUUCACCUGACGGGCAAGGUGCCGUUCCGGGAGGUGUACUGCCACGCGAUGAUCCGCGAUGCGCACGGGCGGAAGAUGUCCAAGUCGCUCGGGAACGUGAUCGACCCGCUGGACGUGAUACAGGGCCUGGCGCUCGAGGACCUGCACCAGAAGCUCUACGAGGGAAACCUCGACGAAAAGGAGAUACAGAAGGCGAAGGCAGGCCAGAAGAAAGAUUUCCCGAAGGGCAUCCCGCAGUGCGGCACGGACGCGCUCCGGUUCGCGCUAUGCGCGUACAGCGGCGGAGGUCGCGACAUCAACCUGGAGAUCCUCCGCGUGGAGGGCUACCGUAAAUUCUGCAACAAGAUCUUCAACGCGACCAAGUUCGCGAUGCUCAAGCUCGACGAGGCGUUCGUUCCGGAGCCAACCGCCAAGCCGACGGGUCGGGAGAGCCUUGUCGAGCGCUGGAUCUUGCAUAAGCUCAACGCUGCCACGGCAGAGAUCAAUAAGCAGCUGGAGGAGCGCAACUUCAUGCAGGCCACGUCCGCUGCGUACAGCUUCUGGCUGUAUGAGUUAUGCGACGUCUACAUCGAAGCGAUGAAGCCCAUGACGGACGAGUUUGCAUCGACCGAGACGAAGGUGUCUGCGCAGCAGACGCUGUACACGUGUCUUGAUCACGGCUUGCGCCUGCUUCACCCUUUCAUGCCCUUCGUCACCGAGGAACUGUGGCAACGCCUUCCACGUCGGCCCAACGACACGACCCCAUCGAUCAUGAUCUCCCACUACCCUCAACAUGAUACCGCGAUGGUGUUCGAGGACGCCGAAAGGGACUUCGACCUCGUGUUCUCCGCCCUGAAGACCGGCCGCUCCCUCGCCGCGUCCUACAGCCUCCAAAAUGACAUUCAAUUCUUCAUCCGCGUACAGUCAGACAACGAGGCGGCCCUGUUCGAAUCCCAAGCCUCCACAAUCGUCGCCCUCACCAAAGGCGGGAAGAGCGCGAAGGUGGUGAAAGAACUCAGCGAAAUCCCCGAGGGCUGCGGGUCGACCGUGUUGACGCCGACGAUCACCAUCUUCGUUCUCGUCCGGGGUCAAGUCGACCUCGACGUGGAAAUCGCCAAGGCAGAUAAAAAGCUGCAGCUCGCGCUCAUGAAUCUCGAAAAGAUCCGCAAAGUCGAGUCGCAGCCCGACUACGAAAACAUCAUCUCCGCGGACGUGCGCCUCCUGAACGAGGAUAAGCGCAAGACGUUGGAGGCCGAAGUCGAGAAUCUGCGAAAUUCCAAAGACAUGUUCGCAAAGCUGAAAUGA